AUGCCGGUUGACAACACAACUGUCAUCUCCAAACCAGAGCCUGAAUUUUUCGCUUUGACGCCUGUUGAAAGACUCGUCAAAGAAGCCUGGCCUCAAGCACUUCUAGCGCAUGAGAUAAAUCACAAGGCAUAUACCAGCAUAAAAAAUAAGGUUGUCAUUCGAAAAAACAUCAUUUUUGCUAGAAAGCUGUGCAGCGUUCCACGCUGCUCGUAUCAUCAAUUUGACAUCGUGAUUAUUAUUUUUACAUCUUCAUUACCCUCCUACUAUCUUUUCGCUUCCCGUGCUCCAACAUGGCGAGUGUGGGUGCUGGUGUGGGUAAAUCCAGCGGUUUCGACGCGUCGCAAAAUGCGACUAUGGCCUCAACAAAUAACGGCAGCGGAGCGCAGACAGCUCCAAAGGAUAGAAACCUUGAAAACCUGGGGAAACUACCAAAACAGAUUAGACUAA